AUGGCCCGAAAUCUCCAGGUAUCUGGCAAAGGUUAUAGAAGAAUCGUAGCCAUUGCUGGUUCAAAAAAGUUAUUUGUUGGUAGCAAUUGGAAGUAUAAUGGGACAAAAGAGAGUAUCAGUAAGCUUGUUUCCGAUAUAAACAAUGCCAAACUUGAGAAAGAUGUUGAUGUUGUUGUUUCACCUCCUUAUAACUCUUGGGUUGGUCAGGGUGGAGCUUUCACGAGUGAACUUUUUGUGGAGCAACUAAAAGAUAUUGGUUGCAAGUGGGUUAUUUUUGGCCAUUCUGAAUGGAGACAUGCUAUUGGUGAAGAUGACCAGUUUAUUGGGAAGAAAGGUGCUUAUGCCUUAAGCGAGAACUUGAAGGAGCUCAAGUUUAUAGAGUUAUAA